ACGAAAAAAGAUAGAAAUGAUGGUUUAAUUGUUUUUCCGGUUUUCCGUUCAAAAUUAAUGUUUAGAAAUGAUUCAGCUUCUUUACAUUGUUGCAAGCCUACAUUUAUUACUUUGUCCAUUCACUAAAGUAGAGGAAAGUUUUAAUAUUCAGGCUGUGCAUGAUAUUUUAUAUCACCGACAUAACCUUUCAGAGUACGACCACAAUGAGUUCCCGGGAGUUGUGCCGCGAACAUUUAUUGGUCCGCUCAUUAUUUCGAUGCUGUGUUCUCCAGCUGUUGGUGUUUUAUUUCUUUCUGGGUUCAAUAAAUUUUGGGUCCAAUACGCGGUUCGCUUGACCCUGGCACUGACAGUAAUUGUAACAUGGAGUAGACUAAGGAAUGUGAUACAGAAACAGUUUGGAAACACUUUUGCCUGGUGGUACUCGCUCAUCACAAUCACUCAAUUCCAUUUCAUGUUUUACAUGAGUCGACCAUUACCUAACAUAAUGGUAUUACCCUUAGUGUUGCUGGCUUAUGAGGGGUGGUUUUCUGGUAGCAACAAACAAUUCAUAAUAUCAGCAGGUGCAGCUAUUGUAAUAUUCAGAUCUGAGCUAGCAAUGCUCUUUGGAUUAUUCCUCAUUAUGAAUUUGUAUACAAGAAAAAUAGACAUUAAGACGCUAUUCAAAAUAGUUGUACCUGCCGGAAUUGGUCUGAUUGCCAUAACAGUGAUCAUAGAUUCCAUAUUCUGGGGUCGGUUGCUGUGGCCCGAAGCGGAAGUUUUAUGGUACAACACAAUCUUAAACAAAAGCUCAAAUUGGGGCACAUUACCAUUCCUAUGGUAUUUCUAUUCAGCUCUGCCCCGUGGCCUUGGACCAAGCUUUAUACUCAUUCCAGUCGGCGUUUACCUAGACAGAAGACUUGUACCAGUUAUAGCCCUAUCUUUUUCUUAUAUACUUCUAUAUUCGUUUCUUCCACACAAGGAACUUCGAUUUAUUAUUUACGUGUUUCCUUUGCUCAAUUUGGCUCCAGCAAGUGUUAUUUCUCAUGUAUACGUGCGGAGACAAAAAGCGCCUGUUUAUGAAUUAUGUUUUUGGGCAUCAAUCUUAGUUCUCAUCGGCAACUUGAUUAUGACUUUAGCUUUCGUUUUAGUCGCUAUGACCAAUUACCCAGGUGGUGCAGCAAUUACAAGGUUCCACAAAUUGGUGAAAAAUGAGCCAUACGUGAAUGUACACAUUUGCAAUCUCGCGGCUCAAACUGGAGUUUCUCGUUUCACUCAAAUUCACGAUAAUUGGUUGUAUAAUAAAACUGAAAAUUUAGAACCACAUCAGCUCGAAGACUACACUCAUCUCUUAAUUGAAGCUAAAAGCAAAUAUUCAUCGAGUGUCAAAGCAUUAUCUGAAAGCCACGAAAUCUUAGAUAGCAUUGAAUCGUUUUCACAUAUCACUAUAAAUUAUAAGUUUAUACCACCAAUAAAAAUAAAGACAAAACCUGCCCUGUUCAUUUUAGAGAGAAAGAAUUUUAGAGAAUAUCCAUAUGGGCUAGUGAAAGAUGAUGGUAAUCUGCCAUAUAGUAUUGAAAAUGAAAUAUUAACAAACGAAGAUUCACUGGAACAAAAAGAGUUAUUAUAUGACAUAAAUGAAGAAAACAUUGAAACUCAUGCCUUAGAUAAUUCUCAUGAAGUUAAUGAGAAAAUUGUUACAAUAAAAAACGUGGAACAGGUAACUAAUGUGUUGAUAGUAGAUAGUACUGCUCCUGAUGUUCCCAAAACAUCGGAAGAUCUUAAAGAAGAUGUCUCAGCAGAAAUCAAAGAUAGGUUAACGAAAGAAGAUUCGUCAAAAUUAAAAGCCAAAAAAGCCUUUGAUGACUUAAAAUUGUUAAGGCAAGCCAGGAAAAAGAAAGCCAUUGAAAAAAUUAAAACGGAAACUCGCAAAGAAGUCGUUCAAUCGGCAAAAGAUAAACUAAGAGAAAUAAUGAAACGCCACCAACAUAUCGCUGAAGAAAUAUCAGAAAAAAAAGAUAUCAUAUCAGAAGUGUUAGUUUUGGAUGACUCUGUAAGUAAACCAGAAGAAGACGGAAGAGGAGAUAUACCGGAAUUAGAAGAUGUACGUGGUGAAGAAGAGUUAGAAAAUCAAGAUCAUACAGAACCACCCAAAGAAACAUUGGGAAACAUAGUUGAACUAAGCGAAGAAAAUCCUACGAACGAAAAUCUAGAUGCUAUAGUAGAAGAGGUUAUAGUGAGACUUAUAGAUAGAAAAAUAUAUGAUGAUAAAACAAAACCAGAAGAUAUUAAGGCUGAAGAUAGAAAGAUGAUACAAAAAAUUGUAGAAGAAGUUAUCUCUGAACGAAUGAAUUAUACUAAAAGUGAGACUUGAUUAAUGUAAUAUAUGUUGUUGAAGUUUGUACAUCUUUACUAAAGUAAGAUCUAUUUGUUAUUUGUCUCUCUCUGUCAUAGUUCACAUAUUGAUGAUGACCUUACCUUUUGUACUUAUUGUUCACAAGCCCAGGUUUUUUUUUACUACUUUGUAAGUCUGUUGCUCAUUUUAUAGUUGUUCAUGAUAUUGCUUUGUAGUUAUAUUAAACAACAGUUCUUGUAUACUUAUUGUUUUAAUGUGAUUUGUAUUUUAUAGUGUUAAGGCUAAUGUUGCAUUUCUUGCUUUUAAAUAUUCGUUUUUCUAGUCAAGUAUCUCGUUAGUUAGUUCUAUGCAUCGAAACUUUAUGUUAUUAAAGGUGUAUUUAUAUUUGUGCAUGGAGUCAUCAAAUGUCCAUAACACUCAUCCUUCGUGUCAAUUACAUUUUUAAAGGAAAUAUUGUGAAGUUUUAAUGUCUAUAGCAUCUAAUGAAAAAUUUUAAAUGUCGAACCUUAAGUGAUUAGAUUUAUAAUACGUUUUACGGCCAAGAAAAUUUAUGGUACUUUUUUGUAGUUCUAAUUUUUAUUAUUUUCGUAAUGUUGUGUUGUUUGUAUAUCAAUUGUAUUUUAUGCUGAAUUUUAUUAAAUAAAAACAGAAGAUAUGUGUGUUGACUACAUAUUUUAUUUCUCUCCUUACUCUUACAACUAUUACAAACAUAUCAAGUGUAUACCAUGUUGCGACAGUGAGUUUUGUUCGAAUCAUAUCGUACACAAAAGUUAAAUCUUCGAAUGUGAUUAUAAACUUCAGUUCGAACAGUUGGUUUUAGCCCACUUAUCUAUUGCUAAAAAUAAAACUUUAU